GCCAUUUCCGGACUAUUACCAUUUUGAUAAUGUUGCGAUACAUAACGGUCAGCGGUCAGUUACUAUUAUGAGUUAAGUGCGCGAUUUGACUGUUUUUAUUUUUCAGUUUUUCUAUUGGAAAUGUGAAAUAGACAUCUCGAAUGGUUGUAAAACGGACAAGACGGAUCUCCUCCCAGAAUGAUGAAAUUUUACUUCAAGUACAGACGAAGAUGGGUUACAUUUCUAAUAUUUUUUACCCUAGUGGUGAUCACAAUCAUCCUAAUUCAUAGUCUUAUGACCGACAAAAACACCAUACAAUGUUACCGCAUAAAGACUGAGAAAACUCUUCCUAGUAUAGAAAAUUUCAACCCACAACGGGGAAAAUCCAUAUUUUUUCAUGAGACUUCGUGUCGAUCGUUUUACAGAGGAAAGAUCUGGAUAAGCUCGAGACAAGCUUGCGCCGUGGAGAGUGUGGCAAAGUUAAAUCCCAAUAUGGAGGUUUAUCUGCUUUAUACAUCACCUAUGGAUUUCAAGUUUGAAGGAGAUGAGUCUGAUAGGUUUUUGAAGGUGUUGUUGAGUUACCCCAAUGUGAAAAUUUUGCAUUUAGAUUAUGAAAAUUAUACCAGAGAAUCUCCAGUGGAAGACCUUUACAGAUCUGGAAAAAUUGAAAGUUCUCGUCAUGUGGUGGCGCAUGCAAGUGAUGUAUUACGAUACCUAACUCUCUGGAAAUAUGGGGGAUUAUAUAUGGAUUUGGAUGUCAUUGCUCUUAAACCGGUGGAUGAUCUGAAAGAUAACUAUGCUGGCAUAGAAUCUAGCUCUGUUGUAGCAUCAGGAGUCUUAAAUUUUGACGCAGCUGGCGAGGGACACAAACUCGUAGAACGAUGUUUGAUGGAUCUCAAAGAAAAUUUCGAUGGGCAAAUGUGGUCGAAGAAUGGACCCGGCGUUAUAACCAGGUUACUGGAAUCUCUAUGCAAGGCAAACAGAACAGAAGAUAUGUUAAAUAACGAUUGCGAAGGAUUUACCCCCUACCCUUCGCACACCUUCUACCCAGUGCCUUGGCAGAAAUGGAAGAUGUACUUCGAAGAAGAAUCCUUCGGUGCUGUAAUGAAUAUGACGCAAAAUAGCUUCGCUAUUCACGCGUGGAACAAACUCAGUGAAGAAACCAAAAUACCUCUAACGUCAAAUGUACCUUAUUUAUAUUUUGCUAAAAAGUUUUGUCCUAAAGUUGUUGAUGCUUGUGAUGAAGUAUUUUAAGGCUGUUAUAUAUGUGGAAACUAUUUAUUUUAAAAACAGAUUUUAUAC